GAAAAGUUUUACACCCCAAAUGUAGCUUUAGCCUUUUUCUUUUUAUAGUAAAAUCUAGUUGUUUCUUCUACCAAUAAACCCUACUUUCUUUCUUUCUUUAUCCCUUUUUCCAUCUUUCUCAUGCUCUCCAAAUAUAGUUUCUACGCAAAUGAUUCUCCAGUUCCCCUCUUCUUGAUACAAAAAAAAAAAAAAGUAACUCAGAGAGUUCUUGAUUUUCAAAUUUUCAUUUAAAAGUUCUUUUUAAUUUCUUGAGUAAUUGGAUAGAAAUGAGUGACUCUUCUGCUCAAUACAUCCACAUGGUGCAGCACUUGAUAGAAGAGUGUAUAAUAUUCAAAAUGAGCAGAGAAGAAUGCAUGGAAGCACUGGCCAAACAUGCAAAUAUCCAGCCUAUUAUUACUUCCACGGUGUGGAAGGAGUUGGAGAAGGAGAACAAAGAAUUCUUUGAGGCAUACAAUAAAACGAGAGAGGAAAAAUCAUCAUCAGCAGAAUCACAAUUGGAGACGACAAGACAAAGAAUCCAUAAUAUGUUAAUGUUGGAUUCUUCCUCUACAGAUUCCAUUGACAAGUGACAACAAUUAUUAGUAGAAUUUUCAGAAUGGCUGCCUUCCUCUCUAUUCUCCAUUAUUGAUCAACGUCGAUCUUAGGAAAAUGAUGUUUGAUGUAUACUUUCAAACGGUUGUAUCUACUAUCUAGUUUAGGGUAAUAAAACAAAGAGAUAGGGUUCAAAGGUAAGGUGGUCCUAGGUUGUCUUAUUCCUACCAUAUAUGAAAUAAAGUUGUUGGGGUGUGUGAUGUUGACUAGCAAAACUGUUUGACACGUAAUUGCCUGUUGUCUUAGUUGGCAUUGCCUUGUUCGUCCACGUGGAUUCGUUGUAUUAGUCCAUGCAUGUUAAUUA